GAAAGCGCGUCGCGCUGAGUCGGGUGUGCGCCUGGAAAUUCACGUUUAGUUUUCAGUGUUUUAUUCACAAAAAUGGGCCUAAAGAAAAAAACAGAGAAAAAUGAAACGGAAAUCAAGGAAAAAGAAAAGAUAUCAUAUUUCCAAAUAUUUCGCUAUGGAACAUGCGUGGAGCUUUUGGCUACGAUUGUCGGCGUCAUCGCAGGUCUACUCAGUGGUGGAGGAGUCUGUUACAACCUGGUGCAAUUCGGAGAGCUCAGUACGUCGUUCGUGGAGAGAACGACACAAUCAGACAGACUGUCCAGCUAUCUACCCCUCACUAGGCUAUUCGGGGGCGGCAGAAGACUGGUAAACGCCUCUCACGAAGAAAACAUGAAAGCUCUUCUGGAAGAUGGAACAGCUUUAGCCAUAGGAAUGUUUAUAAGCAUUUUCAUUUCGAUAAUCCUCACCAUGACUUCAGUAGCUCUUAUAAAUUGGAGCGCUUUACGACAGAUAACAAGGAUAAGAACCUUAUUUUUAGAAGCAGUACUACGCCAAGAAAUGGCAUGGUUCGAUACCGAUUCUGAAUUCAAUUUAGCUUCAAAAAUGUCAGAGAAUAUGAUGAAGCUAAAAGACGGUAUCGGUGAGAAGCUGGCUGUGGUGUCUAACCUCAUAGGCACAGCUUUGAUAUGCUUGUGCCAGGCUUUCCCAAUGGGAUGGGAGCUGUGCCUCGCGUGCUGUUCCGUUGUACCUUUCUCAAUAGCCGCCUCUGUGGUUUUGUCAAAUUAUCAAACAAAGUCAUCUAUUAGAGAAAUGGAAUCAUACAGUCAGGCUGGUAAACAAGCGGAGGAGGUGCUAAAGUCCGUGAGGACGAUUGUGGCCUUCGGUGGAGAGAGCAAAGAAGCAGAACGGUAUCGACGUCUACUUCUACCAGCCGAAUCCUAUGGUCGCAAAAGAGGAAUGUACACAGGUUUAGGUACUGGUUUUAACUGGGUGCUCUCGUAUUCCCUCAACGCUAUUGGACUCACUUACGGCACCAGACUCGUACUCAUAGACUAUGAUGUACCAGAUGACGAAAGGAAAUACGUAGUUGGUGUUGUUUUUAGUAUUCUAUUCUGUGUGUACAUGGCAACACAAUCAAUUACACUAUGUGUCCCGCAUAUGGAAAUUUUCGCGGCAGCACGAGGUGCAGCGAGCAGCGUUUUUGCACUCCUCGAAAAUGUACCAAAAAUCGAUAGUCUGGACCAGGGUGGCUUCCAACCACGACGAGUUAUCGGUGAAAUUGCUUUAGAAGACGUCUACUUCAGUUAUCCUUCUAGACCUAACGUUAAGGUAUUGCAAGGCUUUUCUCUACACAUAAAGCCAGGGGAAUGCGUAGCUCUAGUCGGCGCUUCGGGAUGUGGAAAGUCCACGAUACUGCAGCUACUCCAGCGUUUGUACGAUCCACAUGCUGGGGUUGUGAAACUAGAUGGGAAAAAUAUCAAAAACCUGAAUCUGAGCUGGCUCCGAUCGUCAUUAGGUGUUGUUGGACAAGAGCCUGUUCUGUUCCGUGGAACAAUCCAUGACAACAUCGCAAUCGGUUGUCCCGAAGCAACUCGGGAGGAUGUACAGAGAGUUGCUGAUAUUGCAUACGCACACGACUUCAUCGUUAAUCUUCCCAAUGGCUAUGAUACGAUGAUCGGUGAAAGAGGCACUUCGUUGUCUGGUGGUCAAAAGCAGCGUAUUGCCAUCGCACGAUCUCUGUUGCGUGAGCCAGCGGUGUUGCUUCUGGAUGAAGCGACUUCAGCGCUGGAUCCACAUUCAGAACGUCAGGUCCAGGCGGCUUUGGACCGAGCCAGUGUUGGUAGAACCACAUUGACUGUUUCUCACAGAUUGUCAACGAUCGUCAAUGCUGAUCGUAUUAUUUGCAUGGACCAAGGUGCAAUUGUUGAACAAGGCACACACGAGGAACUCAUGAAACUAAAAGGCUUUUAUCACAAACUUGUAACAUCUGGAAAUGAAAACAAGGAGCCUGAUGUAAUAGAAACGUUACCAGAAGAGGAAGAUUUGAACAACGAGGGUGGAGGUGGUGAAAUUACUGCAGUAUCACGAGUUGACGUUAAAAGAAGAUCUACCAAAAGAGUUGUUAGGCGACACUCGACAAAAAGAGAAUCUCAUGAUUGGCUUACGCCCCGUGGUUCCAUAUCCUCGGUUAUGUCUACGGGUAUACAGAACUUUGUUUAUAAUAAUGAGUUUGAUUGCGAAGAGGAGGACAAGGGUGAUGAGGAGGAAGUACAACUAGUAAGCGAUUGGCAGCUCUUGAAACUAAACGCACCGGAAUGGCCAUACAUCGUAUUGGGAUCUAUAGCAGCAUUCAUUCAAGGAUCAUGCUUUCCGGCGUUUGCCUUACUUUUCGGAUAUACGUCUGGGAUAUUUGCACUAAAAGAUCGGGCAGAGAUCACAUAUCUGGCGGAUUUCUACUCGGGCAUGUUUCUGGUGGUGGCGGCCAUAGCAGGCUUGUCUAUGUGUCUCCAAAGUACAGCAUUCACGAACGCUGGGCUGAAAAUGACGACCAGGCUACGUCAUCAGUAUUUCUCGGCUUUAAUGAGACAGGAAAUUGGCUAUUUCGACAAGGAGAGCAAUACAGUGGGCGCCAUGUGUGCGAGACUGAGCGGUGACGCUGCCGAAGUUCAGGGUGCUACAGGCCUGAGGAUCGGGCUCAUCCUCCAGGGCACCAGCUCCGUGGUCGUGGGCUUCCUCAUGGCCAUCAGCUAUGACUGGAAACUGACGCUUGUGGGCACUGCCUUCCUUCCUCUUAUGGUUGGCAGCAUCUGGCUAGAAGGAAUCAUUUCUCAGAAGUCCCAAUCAGAUGAAAGAGCAGCGUUGGAGUCAGCAACAGCGAUCGCAACUGAAGCUGUUAUUAGCAUCAAAACAGUGCAGAGUUUAGGAGUAGAAAGAACAUUCCUGGAUAAAUUCAAGGUGUCUCUGGUGGAAUCCUGUGCCGCUGUCUCCAAGAAGACAAGAUGGAGGGGUCUGGUGUUGGGUCUAGGAGUUUACGUGCCUUUUAUGUCGUACUGCAGCGCCACAGUGUAUGGUGCAGCACUUAUCGCUAACGAAGGCCUUGACUACAAAAUUGUUAUGCUAGUAAACGAAGCUUUGAUGUACGGCGCCUACAUGCUCGGUCAGUCGCUGGUGUACGCACCCAGCUUCAACUCAGCCAAGGUGUGCGGAUCGAGGAUAUUAGCCAUUAUUAACAGGGAUCCGAAAGUCAAAACCGAAUCUGGUGUGAGGGAUAGAAAAGAAUGGGUUGCUACCGGUAACUUCGGCAUCAAAGACGUGGAAUUCAGUUACCCGACUCGGUCGCAUAUUCAAGUGCUCAGAGGCGUGGAUCUUAAGGUGGAAGCUGGAAAGACCGUCGCUCUCGUGGGGUCCUCUGGCUGCGGGAAAUCCACCAUUCUGCAGUUGAUGCAGCGAUUCUACGAUCCGGAAUCUGGAAACAUUGAGCUGGACUCCCGCGACAUCCGCAGCUGCCUCACCAUCCCGCGUCUGCGGCGGCAGCUGGGCGUGGUGCAACAGGAGCCGGUGCUGUUCGACCGCACCAUCGCGGAGAACAUCGCGUACGGCGACAACGGACGGAAGGUCACCAUGCACGAGAUCGUGUCGGCCGCGAAGUCAGCGAAUAUACAUAGCUUCAUUGUGUCGCUGCCGAAGGGCUACGAUACAAACCUAGGGGCAAACGGUGCGCAGCUGUCCGGUGGUCAGAAACAGAGAAUAUGCAUCGCCAGAGCCCUCAUCCGGUCACCCAGGCUGCUGCUGCUGGACGAAGCCACCUCAGCUCUGGACACCAAUAGCGAAAGGGUAGUAUCAGAGGCCUUAGAAAAGGCAGCCAAAGGAAGAACUUGUAUUACGAUAGCCCAUCGUCUCUCAACGAUCAAAGAUGCUGAUUUGAUAUGCGUCUUGGAUAAAGGCAAGAUCGUAGAGCGCGGAACCCACACGGAGCUUAUGAACUUAAAGGGCUUCUAUUGGAAGAUGGGCAAAGGGCAAAACAUCGCUUAGGAAUAUUAAGCAUCUAUAUUUU